AUGGAAUAUUUACAAAUAGUUGAAACCAUCAUGCCUUAUGUGAUUGAAAAAAUUAUGACUGGAGUAGAAGAUAAGAUAUUUGGAAGUUUAGAAUCUUAAUCAAGCGCAUCUUUUACAGUUGAUUUAGCAUUUAAUAUGAUGCAUUAGAAAUGUUUUGAUCCUUAUUUUCAAAAUUAUAUUGAGAAGGAAGAUUUUGAAACUUAAAGUACUUAGAAGGAGAGAUUUAGAGCUUAUGAUAUAAAAGACAUAGCUCCAUUAUCUAUUAGAAUAACACCAAAAGUAGAAUUACCUCCUAGGCAUUAAUUUAUGUAGCCAAAUUAAUUAUGGGAAGACUAUGAACCUUAAUUAGUUAGAUAGAAAACAAUUGAAUAUGUUGAAGAAUAUCCAAAUGAAAGAAGAAUUAUGGAAUAAAAAUGCAUAGAAAAAUUUAAUAAAGAAUAAAUGAUAAGAGAAAGAUCAAAAGAAAAAAGAUUGAUGAAAGAGUAAUAUAAUAGAUUGAUAAUGCAAAUAGGAACCAAAGAAUAUACUUAUGAUUAUAAUUGUGAUCCUAUUGCAAGAUCUAAUAAUUAACUAAAAAAAGAUGUUAUAACUACUUUGCCAUUUGAUGUACCUUAGAAUGAUAAUAAUGCUGUGAUAUCAAAACCAAAACUAGUUGAGCAAAUUAAAUCUAAACGUAGAUAAGCAGAGAAUGAAGAAACAAUAGUUGAUUUUAUUGAGUCAUAAACAUAAAAUUUUAAAUUAUAACCAGGUGUUAGAUUGAGUUUUUAGACUGUUCAUCAAAAAGAAACUAUUUAAAAAUAAUUAUCAUAGUAAACUAGAUAGACAGAUUAGUUAUUUCAUUAAAAUAAAUAAUUUAAGAAUUUUAAAAACAAAAUUAAAUUAAAUGAUAUGCAAUUGUUCGGUUAUUUAUAAUAAUAUGAUUUGGAUAAUAAUUAUGAUACAUUCUUGUAAAAUACUAAUAAGACAUAAUUAAUUACACCAACUAAUUAAAGUUUAUUAGAUUAAACAACUAUUAAAUAAGAUAUUUUAAGACUACCAAAAUUGAGAUCACAUUCUAUUAAUGCUAGAACUAAAAUUAAAAGCAGAUAAUAGUAAACCUACUCAAUUGUUACUUAUAGAGAUUGA